AUGGUUGCCACCAACUUCCUCCUCCUAGCUACUAUGGUCGCCUAUGUCAAGGCAACUCCCGUGGCAACAGCCCCAGGUCCUUCGACAACGAAGUGGACGGGUCUCUCUAUGAAAGACAUCAUUGAUUGGGAGGACAUUGAUAAGGAAGCCUUCAAGAACCCUGCCAACUGGAACAACACCUCUUCUCAAGACGCCGUCACCUCAGCCAGUGGUGAUGAUAUCGUUACAAUUAUGUCUGUAGCUUGCGAGCAAGGCACAUGCCCCGACUACUCGGCCUUGUUCGAUCUGGUGUACACCUUCACCGCCAUCACCUCUCCCGGUAUCCCGGACCCCAACGACCCUGGCAAAAUCCCCCCUUCCCUCACUAUCUUUGAGGCCAAGUCUGAUAUCCGAGUCGAGGACUGCGGUCAAUGUCAGCGUCAGAAGAUCGGCAGCACUAUGAUCGAUGUCGUCCCCGGAGGUUGCUUGGACUUUACUUCAUGCGGUCGCGCGCAAACUAUCUGUGUUGAUCCGGGCAAGAGGCGCGCCCAUCGUAUCUGGAAGGACAACGGUGAUAAAAGAUGCUAUGGAAUGAAGGUCGAAAGACUCGGAGGUUGCGGUUUUAUCAAGAACCGCAUGGUCAUUCACCCUAGCUUUGUUGUUGCAAGCUGCCUUAGCUGUCUUCCUAUCUAA